AGAGAGAGAGAGAGAGAGAGGAAUACGUGUACCGCCGUUGAGCCAUGAGAAUCCCGACCCGAGAUUACGGGCGCCAUUACUUCGCAAUCCAACUGCGUCGCCACCAAAGUGCGCGAGCACGUACGCGAUGAUGAUCCAUGUGAAGCUGUGAAGGAAGGAGAAGGGGGCGAAGCGAAUCCGCCGAUGAGAGGAGGGGCGAUGGCGAGGCUGGCGGUGGCCGCGAGGGCGUUCUCCGCAUCGGCCGGCGGUGGCGUGUCCAUGGUGCAGGGCGCGUCCCGGGGGAUCGGCCUCGAGUUCGUGCGGCAGCUGCUGCGGAGGAGCGAGCAGGGCCGCGUCGUCGCCACGUGCCGCGCGCCGGGCUCCGCCGCGGAGCUCCAGAAGCUCAGGGAGGAGCACGCGCCGGGGCGCCUCACCGUGCUGCCGCUCGACGUCACCGACGAGAGCACCAUAGAGGCCGCCGCGACCUCGAUCGGGGAGACCCACGGUUCCCUGGACCUGCUGAUCAACUCCACCGGCAUCCUUUCGAUCCCAAGCGUGAUACAACCAGAGACUACACUAAGCAAAGUUCAGAAGUCAUCCCUGCUACUGACAUAUGAAGUGAAUGCCGUCGGCCCUAUCCUAGUGAUCAAGCACAUGUGGCCACUCCUAAAGAUUGGAGGCCGCUCUGAGAUCGGGAGAGGAUUCUCAUUGGUUGCAAACAUGAGCGCUAGGGUCAGUUCGAUAGGAGACAAUGGUUUGGGAGGCUGGCACUCAUACAGAGCUUCUAAAACAGCGCUGAAUCAGUUGACAAAGACUGUAUCGGUUGAGUUUGGCAGGAAGGACAACAUCACCUGCAUCCUGCUGCAUCCAGGAACCGUCGACACUGAUCUCUCACGGCCGUUCCAACGAAAUGUACCCAAGGAUAAGCUCUUCACGAGGGAGUUCUCUGUGCAGAAUCUCCUCUCUGUCAUUGACAACGUCAAGAAAAGUGACAACGGCAAGUUCUUCGCUUGGGAUGGCCAAGAAAUCCCUUGGUGAAUGGUGAUCACUGGUUUCAGUCUGCGGUACAAACAGUCAACAGUGUCCUUGAUUUUUUAACCCAACAGUGUUUCCUCCCCCAAAAGUAUGUUGUUUUUUCACCGGUCUCUCCAUGUUAUUGCUCAACUAAGCUGCAGAAGAGUAGGACCUCAUGCAAACACAUGAAUAUUAGUUUUGCUUUAUCAUUCACUUUCAGCUACAUAGAAAUGAUGGAAUGUUUGCUGAUGACACAAUUUGUAUUGAAGUCCUUUGAUUCUGGGAGGUUUUCCUCCUUCACGGUCCA